UGUAGGGGGUGAGGCUUGCUAGGUAUAGUGGAACGCAAAAUGAUGAUGGGGAGUCAGUAGAUGCUUGGUAAGGGUGGUUUGGGAGGAGACGGGCUCCUGGGGUCGCUUGGAUGCUGGGGCGGUUCAAGGGAGAUCGAGUUCAUGCUAAGUAGUGAAAACCAGUUUGUGUCAGACUGGCAUCGAGCACGGAUGAUGCUCGUCUCUUCGGGUUUGGCUGGACCAUCGCCGUCAUCGCGGAUACGUCGUCGGUCAUCAACCCUUUCGUUCAUUAAUCGUGGCCCCAUGUUUGUGGUGAAACCAAAAUUUAUUCUCGCUACAUUUAAUUCAGUGUUUCUUGUGUUUCUACUCGUUCUAGUGAAUCCUGUAUUUUCGGAUAAAAUCCCCAUAGGUGCAAUUUUUGAACAAGGCACCGAUGAAGUUCAGUCUGCCUUUACCUUUGCAAUGCUUAAUCACAAUAAGAAUACUUCGAAACGUAACUUUGAAUUGCAAGCUUACGUCGAUGUGAUAAAUACAGCCGAUGCAUUCAAGCUUUCCCGCCUCAUUUGUACACAAUUCAACAGAGGCGUUUUUUCGAUGUUGGGUGCCGUUAGUCCAGACUCUUUCGACACUUUACACUCCUACAGCAACACAUUUCAGAUGCCAUUUGUAACACCAUGGUUUCCUGAAAAGGUAUUGACGCCAUCAUCAGGCGUCAAUGACUUCGCAAUAAGUAUGCGGCCGGAUUAUCAUAGAGCCAUCAUUGAGACGGUUCAAUACUACAAAUGGAAGAAAAUCGUUUACCUAUAUGACUCUCACGAUGGUCUUUUGCGAUUACAGCAAAUUUAUCAAGGACUGAAACCAGGCAAUGUUACGUUUCAAGUGGAAAGUGUCAAAAGAAUUCAAAAUGUCUCUGAGGCAAUAGACUUUUUACACACAUUGGAAGAAAUCAACAGGUGGACUGUCAAAUACGUCGUUCUCGACUGCCCCACUGAUAUGGCUAAAAAUAUUGUUGUUAGCCAUGUGAGGGACAUUGCUCUCGGAAAAAGAACGUACCAUUAUCUCCUAAGUGGAUUAAUAAUGGACGACCGUUGGGAAAGCGAAGUGAUCGAGUAUGGUGCUAUCAACAUUACUGGUUUUCGAAUCGUGGACGACACUCGACCCUAUGUUAAAGAAUUUCUUGAUAGCUGGCGUCGCCAGGACCCAACGGUUCAUCUUGGCGCUGGUAGACAAUCUAUUUCCGCGGGAGCGGCUUUGAUGUAUGAUGCAGUAUUUGUACUUGUCGAAGCUUUUAAUAAAUUUACACGAAAGAAGCCUGAUCGAAGCAAUCAAAGGCGGACUGGAGUACCAGUGCCAAAUACACCAAUAAACGCGACAAGAUCACUUGAUUGCAAUCCUAAUCAAGGAUGGGUUACACCUUGGGAACAUGGAGAUAAAAUAUCGAAACUUUUGAGAAAGGUUGAAAUAGAGGGACUCACUGGUUUGAUUCGAUUUAAGGAAGAUGGAAGACGAUUUAAUUACACACUUCAUGUCGUGGAAAUGACUAUUAACAGUGCAAUGGUAAAAGUGGCAAACUGGUCAGAAGAGGAAGGGUUCAAGCCAGUAUCAGCGGAGUACUCAAGACCGAAAUCAAACAAGGACAGAAAUAGGACUCACAUUGUGACGACAAUAAUUGAGGAGCCUUAUAUUAUGCUCAGGAAACCAGAACCAGGUGACAAUUUAUAUGGUAAUGAUCUUUAUGAAGGUUACUGCAAAGAUCUCGCUGAUUUUAUAUCGAAAAGACUGAAUAUAACAUAUGAACUUAGAAUCGUUAAGGAUGGAAAAUACGGUUCCGAAAAUCCAGAUGUAGCAGGCGGUUGGGAUGGAAUGGUAGGAGAACUAAUUAGAGAAGAAGCAGAUAUGGCGAUUGCAUCUAUGACAAUUACAUCAGAACGUGAAAGAGUAAUUGAAUUUAGUAAACCCUUUAUGUCUUUGGGAAUUAGUAUUAUGAUUAAAAAACCAGUCAAAACGAUUCCUGGAGUUUUCAGUUUCUUAAAUCCACUUAGCAAAGAAAUUUGGGUCUGUGUAAUAUUUUCUUACAUUGGAGUGUCAAUUGUCUUAUUCAUCGUUUCGAGGUUUUCACCUUACGAAUGGAGAGUUUUAUCAUUCAAUGGAGGAGAUCCUAGAUUGGGAAUAAGAGGAGAUCCUUCUAUACAGCAUCACCAACAAGGAUUACCUCACAUGCAACAAUCAAGCAUGACGAAUGAUUUUAGUAUUCUAAACAGCCUCUGGUUUUCACUAGGAGCAUUUAUGCAACAGGGAUGUGACAUCUCUCCCAGGUCUAUUUCGGGGAGAAUUGUAGGCAGUGUGUGGUGGUUUUUCACUUUAAUUUUAAUAUCGUCUUACACUGCCAACUUAGCAGCAUUUUUGACAGUCGAAAGAAUGGUUACUCCCAUUAAUUCGCCUGAAGAUUUAGCAGCGCAAACAGAAGUUCAAUAUGGAACCCUAUUUCAGGGUUCUACCUGGGAUUUUUUCAGGAAAUCACAAAUCAGUCUCUAUAGCAAAAUGUGGGAAUUUAUGAAUGCAAGAAAGGAAGUUUUCGUCAGUAAUUAUGACGAAGGUAUAAGAAGGGUGAGAAAUAGUAAAGGAAAAUACGCCCUUUUAAUAGAAAGUCCAAAAAAUGAUUAUAUCAAUCAGAGGGAACCUUGUGAUACGAUGAAAGUCGGAAGACAUCUCGAUGCAAAAGGAUUUGGAAUUGCCACUCCUAUAGGUUCACCUUUCAGGGAUGAGAUUAACAUUGAAGUUCUAGCGCUAAAGGAAUCUGGAGAGUUAGAAAAACUUUAUAAUAAAUGGUGGUAUGAUCGAACAGAAUGCAGGCAUGGAGAUAAGCAGGAUGCUACUAGAAAUGAAUUAACUUUAAGUAACGUCGCAGGAAUUUUCUACAUUUUAAUAGGAGGACUUUUACUCGCUUUGGCAGUAGCUUUAGUAGAAUUUUGUUAUAAGUCACAUUCAGAAGCUACGAGAGCAAAGAUUCCGCUGUCGGAUGCUAUGAAGGCAAAAGCCCGAUUAACAAUCGGGGGUGGUCGUGACUUCGACAACGGACGGUGGUACGGACUGCAGAGUUAGACGGAGGAUGCAUGUGCCUUGCCUGGGACCAUAUUAUUACGCGCCGGCCAACGCGAUUGGCAAUACGGAGGCCGAUCAAGUACACAGCAAUACACACACGCAGGUUUAAGUAGUCAAGAGGAUUCACCUGCAAAUUCUCUGCCAACACCGCCGCCACCUCCAUUGCUCGCAUC